UUUCUGGCCAAAGCUGGCUAAAUUAUAGAUCUGCUUCGCUUUUACUUUAUUGCUGACAUUUCCUAGUCACUACCAUGCCGCCUUGAUAAAUUUAGUAUUGGAAAUCGUCCUAUUGUCGAAGACAUUACUUUAAAACUGAAGAAACUUCGAUUCGGUUGUUCCCCAGACCAACAACAAAUAUUUGCCGGGCAUCCCAUUCUCUCGCCAUUUGUCUGACAAGUACCGCAACUUGCGCCAUGGCACCGACUCGGCCACGUCAAAGCUUUUCGAAAGAGAGGUUUUGGGAGAAGCUGAAGGACUCAAAAACACAGACAUAUCAUGACCCUACAGCCACCCGAGGAACUGUAUCACAUGGGUUGCGAACUAUUGCAUGGAAUCCUUUGGGAACUUUGAUUGCCACUGGCGCCGCCGAUCGUACACUUCGAGUAUGGAACCCCGAGAGGCAAAAUGUGAGAUACUCCACCGAACUCAGGGGCCACUCCGCCGGGAUUGAAAGGGUAGCAUUCAAUCCAGUCAAGGAUGCAGAGUUAUGUAGCGUGAGCUCAGAUGGAGUCGUCAAAUUUUGGGACGUGAGAACGAAGGCGGUCAUCAAUGAGAUCAAGGGUCUUGGUGAUGCUUUCACACUUGCGUGGUGUCCCGAUGGCGAAAGUCUUGUUGUUGGUAACAAGGCAGAUAAUCUGUUCGUUCUUUCGCCGACCCAAUCAAACCCAAUUGCUUCCCAUCAACAAUCUGUCCAAACAAACCAACUCGUCUUCUGCCACAGUGGGAAGAAGAUUUUCCUAACAACUGGAGAAGGACGAGUUAAGAUCCUCUCAUACCCGGAUUUCAGGCCAAUUCUCUACUCCAGCUAUGAUCCAGGACUUCCAUUCACUCUGAAUGGCCAUACUUCGUCUUGUCUUUCCAUCGACCUACAGCCAACGGCUCGACUUCUUGCAACUGGAGGAUCCGACUCUAUCAUUGCUCUGUGGGAUACAACCGAGUGGAUUUGCCAACGAAGCUUGAUAGACAUGACUGGACCAGUGAGAAGCAUCAGUUUCAGUUUUGAUGGAAGCUAUAUCGUUGGUGGAAGUGAUGAAGGACCGGGCUUGGAAAUAGUACAUGCAGAGACUGGAGAGAAUGUGCUCAGCCUGAAGACGGCUGGUCCCUGUCCAAUUGUUGCUUGGCAUCCUAGCCGGUACUGGCUGGCGUACAGUGAUCUUGGGAGCCUCAAGAUUUGGGGGGUUGACCCAGAAAGGAAAUAGAUCAGGUAGUUUUGGCAUCUUCAAACCUGGGGGAGCUCGGCGUUUCUUUUGAUGAUGCUGGGAAAUCUUUUUGACAAGGCUCAUGUGUUUCACUAGAGCUGCUCACUGAAAGAAAUUUCAUUCACGGUUGACCGAAGAGUCAUACUAAAAAAAUGCUUUUCAAUGCAUGUACAUGC